CGCAAGCAAACCGGAAGUCAGCGAGAAAGCUAACGAGACGGUUGCUGGGGGGCCCGCCCGGUUUCCGAGCCUGCGGAGGUAAGGUGAAGAGUUGGAACUAGGCCCCGUCAACGGCGUGUCUCCCCCCACACCGUAUCUUGCUUCCUUCACUUCAGCGGCGAGUUCCUUACCUGACUUGGUCACGGUGUCGGUCUGAGAGAGGACGGGGCAAAAUUGAGUCUGCAAAGAUAUGCAUUUCCAUGGGUGCUACUUUUGCUGCAAACUCCUGAAAGUAGGCUCUCCUUGUCUGGAACAGGCCUGAAAGGACCAUGGCUCACAGCCAAGCGCGGAAAAGAUCCCGAAGUCGGAGCAGGAGUGACUCUCGGAGUAGGCGAGACAUAGAGAAGGAGGAGGAGAGGAGAAGGAGGAAGAGCAGCGGAGACUCCCGGAGCAGGAAGAGCCCGUCUCCCAGCAGGAAACAGGAAGCUGAGUCUCAAAGGCUCCGGCUGUGCUCAGCCUCCACAAAAGAUGCAAAAAAGAAGAAAAAGGACAAGAAGAAGAGAAAAGCCAGCACCACCACCACGUCGUCGUCGUCUUCCUCUUCGAGCACCUCCUCGCCUUCUGGAUCUUCCUCUUCAGAAGAUUCCAGCGAAGGCGAAUCCAAACUCAAAAGGAGGAAGCAAAGCAAGAAGAAGCUGACCAAAGAGAAAGAGAAGAAGCGGAAGAAGAAGAGGAAGAAGGCGGCCAAGAAGAAAGCAAAGAAGAAAGUGAAGGAGAGAGAGAAAGAGGGGAAGGCCAAGGGGGAGGAAAUGCCCGGCCCUUCCCUGGACCAGUGGCAGAAAGAGGCCCUGGUGGACCCUGGGCCAGCCCUGACGGAUGAGCAGAAAUCCCGCAUCCAGGCCAUGAAGCCCAUGACGAAAGAAGAAUGGGAUGCACGACAGAGUGUGAUCAGGAGGGUCGUCGACCCGGAAACUGGACGGACGAGACUUAUUAAGGGCGAUGGUGAGGUCCUAGAGGAGAUUGUCACUAAGGAGCGACAUAAGGACAUUAACAAGCAAGCCACCCGGGGAGAUGGCCUUGCCUUCCAGAUGAGGACGGGGAUGCUGCAGUAACAAGGCCGGAGCCUUUGACAUGCCAAAGAUGUGGUUUUCGUACCCGAACACCGAGGCUUUGCCCAAGAGGCCUGUGCUUCCCCUGUUCCUGUGAAAUAUGCAUGCCAGUGAGAGACCUUUUCAGAGGGCAUCUACCGAGAAGACUGCUAGGGCAGGAUCCUCUUCACCUGCAGCCGCUUCCGACCUGCUGCAUGCAUGUGUUACCCGGUGUUGCUAAGUCCUCGUGGUUUUUAAGGGGGCUCCCGUUGCCCUGCUUAGAGGUCCCCCGCGAAUCUCUCUGACCACUACCCACAGCUUUCAGUCCUGCUCUUAACAGAAAAACGAGCACGGAAGGGGGAAAACUGGUCUGCAUGCUUGGGCCAGGUGGGCAUAGCUUGUGCAAUGACAGACCAGGUUCCUCAGGGCUGUGCAGAAAUGUUGGUGGCUGUAGGCACUGAACCGGCAGCUCCACUGAAAGCUGCUCCUUUUGAUGUUCCUGGCUUUGAGUAGCUCUGGGCGGAAUCCGGCUUGAGGAAUGGUGCCUGCCUAAUGCAGUGCAUCUCGGCCUAAACGGGUGCCUCUCCAGAGCAGCCCCUGCAGAGCUGUGGAUGGCUCCAUCCUGGUGGGUGGGCUCAGGAAUCGUCAUGUGGCGGGGAGAUGUGUGUGCCUCUGUAGAAGUAUCCCGUAGCGGCGGCAGCUGUAAGCACCACCUCCCCCUUAACCCCCGCACCAAAAGAGAGAGAGAGAGAGCCUGGAGUGUUUCACACUCACGUGAUGGUGGUAGUAAGAGUUCUAGCCUCGAAGCAGACGGCAGGAACGAAACCUCACUCAGGUCCAAACCUUGCUGUGCUCUGCCUUGGACAGAUCAUGCAGAAGCAGGCUUGGAACCUGCCCCCUGUGUGGCAUGUCUAGUCACGCUUCCACAGCCUUUUAGCUUUUCUGCUCUUCAGCCCUCUGCCCUGGUCACCACGGCUGGAGGCAGUUCUUCACCCGGCUGUGUAGCACCCACAGGGAGCCUGGCCUUGUUCUUCAGGCCAAGCGAGCUUCCAGUUGGGAGCUGAGCCUCCGGCAUUUCAGGAUGCAUCUUGACACUUGACCUAGCUUGAUUAGGCACUGCAAGGAGCAGGCACCCACAGUGUUCAGAGGAAGUCCAACCUCUUGAGAGACGUAAGGGCUCUCUCUUUGGGUCCCCCCCCCAUGCACUUGUAUGCUGAUCAUGCCCUUGGCUUUAUGCAGUGGGCAUGGACGAUUUGUUGCAGGGGAGGGUUUUCCGUCAACCUUGGCCAACACCCACCUCCCCCUGUUCCCAGCCUCCGUUUGGGCAGAGCUCACUCACCUGGCUGCUUGUCUCUAUGCCAAAGGAAAUACCGAGUUGUCCUCAUCAGGAGGCACUUGGACGGAAGGGGUUGCUCACAAGCCAUUACCGUCUGGGGAAUUAAGCAAAUGUCAGGCAUGCUUGUGUGCUUUUCCAACAGUUAAACACUAUUGAGAGACUAGUUUCGAUUGUCGCCUGUUUGAUUUUAUUCAGCUGUCGCUGAACAGUAGUUCAUGCUAGAAUCAUCCCCAGGGAGAUUCAGGGUGGGGAAGUGUUGCAGAAUAUUAAUAUUCACAUUUGCACACAUUUGAGUGGCACAGAUUUGAACAAGAGUUUUGAGCACGUGCUUUACUCUCUCCUCUUCAAGCCAACAGAACUGGAAAAUGCACCAAUGUUGGCUGUAUCUUGCCCUUGAAAGUAUAGGAUUUGUUUUCAGAACCGCAACUCUUCUAUUCAGGCAAGUCCCACUUGGUACAAUCCAAAAUAAACUGCUUCCAGUCAACUCAACAGCUGAUACGUGAUUUGCCCCUAAACACACACCACUUGUCACCUAUUUCAAGGGCUCGUCUUUUAAGUAGGGAAGGGGAGUUACCUAGAACAGGUCCAUCGUCUGGCCAGCUGGAGGCCAGUGCCUGAAAAAAGGCACACUGCUGACAUCCUGUGGCAAGCUGAACAUUGCACUGUGAACGCUUGCAAAGAAGGGCAUCCUGUUGAACCAGGAAGGAUCCUUCAACCCCACUCUUACUUCAUUUCUGUGGGAAACCAAAUGCAGGGUGAGAUGGACCUUUGGCCUGAUCCAGCUGGGAAAUUACUUCGCUUCUGAAAAUAAAUCCCUUCCACUCGCUAACGCCACCAACGCCGCCUCCUAAGAGCCCUGCCAAGAAGAUUACAAUGACACCGCAAAGAGCCUUCCCAUUUCUUUUAAUGGAUGUCAACGUACAAGUGAUAACUGUAUACAAAGCACACCCAGGCUGCAGGACGAGGCGGCAGUCACAGCAAGGAGAAGGGAGUUGUACGGUCAGGAUGGUUGUCACAGACAAGAACAAGGAGACCAACGGUUCAUGCACACACAAAACGCAGUAAUGGAAAGAUGGAUCAACGGGCCGAGCUAGAUUCUAGGCUUCUCAGCUGUGCCUUCCAGGUUGAAUUGCCUUGAAUAAAUCUAUCUCCUCCCACCCACCCACUCAUACUCCCCCCCCCGCCCCCAAUUCAACUGAACAGACAUUGCUGAAUACAAAAUUAACAGUCAGGGAGAAAGACGGCCUGGGGGCUCAAAGACGAGAGGCGAGGAAACUGUAAGGCUUAUGGAACUAACAGGAUAACUGCAGCAGCGGCGAAUAUACCUGAACAAGGAGGACGACUCUGGUUAAGUAAGUGCAGGAUCAAACUGUCAGGAGGAACAGCAAUUUCACUGGCAACGCAUUUGGUGGCUGGCUUUUCUUGAAUUAAAUAGAGGACACAGUAAACAUUCUUCAAAAUUUUUAAAACAACCACCACCAAGAAGCUUUCAUCAAAAUAUGCUAACAAUCUGGCCCACCUUAAAGUAUCAGAAAACUAUCUUGGUUUUGGAAAGAAUUUAUAAACCCAAGUGGGCUCCUUUUUCUACCAAAAUAUCAGUUCAGUAAUGUGGGAAGACACAGUGCUACAAAUGUGGUAUAGAAAUCAUGCCUCAACUUAAAUUCUUCUUCUGAGUACAAACAGGUUUGGCAACAUUUGGGGCAUUUUGAGAAUGCUGCAGUGAUGGAUGGCAAUUUUUCAGGAGACACCCAACUAGAUUCUGAACUGAGCCACACUCUCACCUUAGCUUUGGAGAGCCUUUAACUUUUGGUAGCUGAAGUCUCUCUCCGUGUCACUCCAGCCAUGAGGAUACUAACUGUAACCUCUUGGCUAAGAGACAGACGCUCAGGAAGUCACUGUGUGCAUACACGGGAAGGGACACAAAACAAGCUGGUGUCUUUAGAAAUCCUUAACUAAGCUGAAACAGUUCAGCCCCACGCCUCCCUGCAGAGCUUUCACCCAAACACAAGCGGGUGUGUUAGCACACAAGAUCUGCAAGCCUUCUCUGUGCUAAACAUGCACAUAUAUACUCCCUAAAAUCCCAAUUCUGGGUCAGAGUGACUCAAAAUGGUGCAAUCUGAAUAUGUGUUGCAACUGACACAGCCGCAUAUAUUAUGUGAAAUAUCAUGGACAGUAGGGGGGG